AUUGGACUUCAGGUAGGAAGUACAAUGGCAAAAUGGAAGUAGUUGAAAUUCUACUGAGAUGCGACCACUUAAGCUGGAGUCCAGUGUGUGCAUCACAUAGCAUUCAUUAUUCAACAAUUCCUUUUCUAAUUCUAUUUUAAAUUCAGCUAUAUUUAAUAUUGUUGUGUAUGUUAUGUUGUUUCGACAAUAAAUGAAUUUUCUUUCUUUCUUUCUUUCUAAACAUUAGCAGAAUUGACCUACUGGUCAGCGCCGUGUCGUUGCGACCUACGUCGUUACAACAUAAGCUGAGGAACCUGUUUGACCCAAUUGUUAUUGUUAUUGAAGUCAUUGUUAUUAUUUCUUGUCCUUCAUUUUUGUUAUGUAAUUUUCUUUGUUUGUGGGUCAAUAAAUGUAUUUUCUUUCUUUGAUUUUAACUUAAAUAUAUGUAAAUGUGGAUUUCGCCUUUCUUAAUUGAUCACUAUAUUAAUAGAUAAAGCAAAACCUUAAAGGUAUUUGGACUCGCUACGAAAACUUAAAGCUAUUACACAGAAUCGCAAUGAAUUAGACUGAAAGUAGAUUUUAGUUUUAACGAGAAUAUUAAUUAAUAAUGUAUUUUUUUUCACAUGUUCACUUCCCUAACGAUCGCUUAUCGAUUAAACUAAAUCACGUUAAUUAAUGAUUAUAUUAACAUGAUACAGCACGAUGUUGAUAUAAAAAACCCAACUAUCAACUUCAACAGUUUCAUAGUUUAGUGGGUAACUGCGUCAGCUGGCAGUGAUGUGGUUUUCUAACAUCUUACUUCUGAGCGCAAUACUGAUAGCUCAUGGAAAAUACGUAAAAGAUGAUGACCAGCCGGAUCUUGAAUGGCCAGAGACUUUUUCACUAGAUGCAUUGCGUAUAUAUCUGACAGCAGGUUUCACGCAAGACUACAAAAUAUGGCGAACACCACAAACUUCCAGAAUUGAUUACAAUAAUGGCGCAGUGAAGUCGAUUGUCGAUAAGAAAAGAUCCAGAUUCGGAAUACAAUACAAUAUCCAUCCUGAGGCUGAUCUAGACGGUGACUCUACAUAUGUAUGUAAAAAAACAAAAGGAAUACUGUGGCACAGAAUAAAUCUUGAAACUAUUUUGCCCGACACUGUUGACUUCGUAGCAGUUGGCACUGAAAUUAUUCGUGAUAUAGAAACAACAAAAUUCGUCUUAGAAGAAGUAUCAAAAAAUGUCGAAUCAAGGAAAACUAUAUGGGCCUAUUAUAAUUCUGAUGAAAAAGUUUGGAUACCAAAAAAAUAUGAAGUGGUACAGUACAAUACGUGGUUUGGAUCUGAAGUGUCAUCUGAAAUUUGGGAAUUCAACAACGUCGAAACUGAAGUCAGUGAUGAAUACUUUGAAACAGACGAAUAUUGCGAAGAUGCGAGGGAGUAUACUAUGAAAGACGAUGCCGUUACAAAGGAUUUGUUAUUUAUAAAUCCAGAUAAUGACAAACACGUUGACCAUGUAUUCAAAAGCUUCAAGAAAAGGUACAACAGGAAAUAUGACAUUGACGCUGAACACGACAUGAGGAAGGCUAUCUUAAAAAAAUAUAUGAGGCUUGUGUCAAUGAUAAACAACCAGAACCUCGGUUACAAACUUACCAUCAACCAGUUCUCCGACCGUCUUCCCACUGAAAAGAUUAAGUACACCGGACUCCUCCGUCGGUCACCUGGCAAGAAGGGCACGAUACCUUUUCCCUAUACUUCGGAAAAACUAAAAGAGUUGGCCGACACUUUGCCUAGCGAAUAUGAUACAAGACUCUACGGACUCGUCGGAACUGUGAAAAAUCAAGCAGAAUGUGGUUCUUGUUGGACAUUUGGAACUACAGCGUCAAUAGAAGGAGCUGUCGCACUUUCCAAUAGCGGAAACUUCGUAACUCUCAGUAAUCAAGCUAUUCUGGACUGUGCAUGGCCUUACGGAGGCAGUGGCUGCGACGGUGGCGCUGACACUGAAGCUUACAAUUGGGCAAUGGACUAUGGUAUCCCAACCCAAGCCGAGUACGGUGACUAUGCUAACCAGAUGGCACUAAUCAACCACGGUCCUAUGUCUGUGUCAGUGAAUGUCAACGAUGAGUUCCAAAGUUAUGCUGGUGGAAUAUUCUAUGAUAAAAAUUGUGACCCCACGGAUCUGAACCACGAAGUAUCUCUGGUUGGUUACGGUGAGCAGGACGGCGAUACCUACUGGAUCUUGAAGAACUCUUGGGGUCCAGAGUGGGGCAUCGCUGGAUACAUGCAUAUCUCUGCAAGAGACAACACCUGCGGCGUAGCUACUGAGCCCACUUACGCCGUCAUAUAAUUGAAAAUAUAACUUGUUUUCCAAACAAAAAGAUCUACUAUCGAUUGGCAAAACUGCCAAGCAAAAUCCAUUUUUUUAUGCUUUUGUUUUAAUCUUAUUACGACUGUAAUAUAUCAGUCUUUAAUAUUAAUUUAUAUGUUAGAUUAUAGUUUAUCAAUGUUUGCACGUGAAAAUAAAAGUUCGC